AUGGCGUCACGAUCGUCACGACGAAGUGGCGCAAACGCCACGAAUUCACUAAAUAUUGCCACAAUUUCUCUUUUGGAUAAAAAUCGAUUAGUUAAGGAAUUAUCAGAAAGGGGGUUGGAUACAAGUGGAACCAAAUCGGCUCUAUCUGAUCGAUUAUAUGAUUUUCUAGUGAAUGGUGUAACCGAAUCGGCACCUUCGACGCCAGCUAGUUCAGCUACUAAAACGCCUAAAAAGACUCCACAGCCCAGAGGACGAAGGUCAAUUAAGAAAGAGAUUAAAACUGAAGUUGAAGACGAACCGAAUGACGAAACUCCGGAGACAUCAACGGUUGAGGAGCCUGAAGUCAAGCAGCCGACGACGCCGAAAAAGGCGCCUGCAAAAAAGUCGACACCGAAAAGGGUGAAAGAUGAAGUUCGGAUAAAACAAGAGCCAGUUGAGGAAGACGAGCAAAAACAAUUAGAACUGUCGAAACAACAAAAACAACCAGAAGUGGAGAUAUCCACGGUUGUUGAUGAAAAUACGGAAUCGACAGGUGCUAAUUCGACGGAAGACGACGAUGAUGAUAUGAUACCUCAUUUGGAAAAGCUAGCCCCAAAAAAUGAGAAAAUUGAACCAAAUAAGAAGCCACGAAAGUCAUCGGAAUUGAAAAAGAAAAAGGAGAAAAUAUUAAAAAAUGAUGAUGUUGACUAUGUUCCGGAAAGCGUGGAGCAAAAAACGGUUGGUGAUGGAAAGGUGCCAAAACGCGCUAAACGACAAGCGGAGUUUGCAAAUCGCAUUAAUGGAUCUGGCUCUCCUGAAUCUUCAACUAGUGAUGAUCCAAAACCAGUGCUUAAACGACCCAGGGAUAGUCUGAAUGAAAAUUCGAAUUCCUCUGAGCCUCCUGUUAAAAAGAAAACGUCGGUUCACUCAUUUCCUCCGAAAAUCAAACCGAAUGACUGGAGGGCGAAAUGGGCGGAGAAAUUGGCGGAGUCGAAAAGCACGACGACUACGAAUAAUUCAACUCCGCCAGCUAGUAAUGGGAAAGCGCCGGCUUCAGCUGGGCCAUCAACGACUGUUAAGAAGAAGGAGCCCGUUCAGAAGAAGGAUGACUCUGAUCUGGAAAAGAUUGACAAGAUUGCUGCUUUGAUGUCGUCAACUUUGUCCAAGCCAAAAGAGGAGAAAUCAACAAGGGAACGAAGGGAUAGCGUCGAAAGUGCUAGAGUACGAGGUGGAUCGGAAGCUACUAAGCGAUUGUCGAUAGAUAUUAAGCCAAUUGCAAAAAUGUCACCGCACACGACAUUCUCGCCGUAUGCGAAAUCUUCGCCGUCGACGGUUGUCCUGUGUGCUCCUCCUCCGCCGCCACCUCCACCACCACCGCCGCCGCCACCGCCGCCACCACCACCGGCGAUUUCGAAGUCUAGACCUUUAGCACCCCCAAUGAUUCCUCCGAUGGUUGCUCCUCUGGCGAUUCCUUCUAUUCCGCCCACGGGACCGAUGUUGGUUAUGCCGCCGAUGCCGAUUCAAGGAGUUCGACGAAAAUCGCGAUUCGAUCAGCCACCGCCGGAACUUGCGAAUCAGAAACUGUACGCGCCAUAUUUGAAGAAAGAGCACCCGUCACUUGUGAAGAUUCCGCGAAAAGACUCUCCGCCACCACCUCCGCCGAAAAUUCCGCCACCACCUCCGAAGAUUGUGAAAAAAGAGGCAAAAAUUGAGGUUAUACCACCUCCGCCACCGCCACCUCCGCCAAUCAAAACCAUACCACGAAAUGUUAAGGUUGAAGUUAUCCGAGAUGAGGAAGUUCUCGCGGAAGUCCGAUUACCCGAUGAACCUCUGGUUGAAAGUAAACCAAAACCAAGUGACGAAACUAAAAUUGGUGAGACGAAAGAAACUGUCGAAGAAAAUGAUUCGUGUUUCGUCAUUCGGGAUACUGUAGUAGCUGUGGAACCUCCAAUAAAGAGUAUGAAGAAAGAAGAAGAAAAAGAAGAGCCUGAAUCAAAACAACGGAAAAUAAUAAUGAUAGAUGAUGAUGAGGGUGAAUAUGAUCCUUGUGAGAAUACGGUUGAGGAGGAAACUACGGUUUAUGAAUAUGUCCCAUCGACGACCUUGAUUGAAAAUGAGGUUGAGGAAGAAAUUGAAUGUAUCGACAUCGACGACGAUGAUGAGAAUGAUGAUGACGAUAUUGAAAUAAUCGGUGAGAAGCAAGGCGAAAAAGAUAUCGAAGAAAUUACUGAUUUGACCAAAAUAUCGAACCCUAGAGAGCUUUUGAAUCUCGCUCUUCCUGUCCUUCAAUCGCUAACGAACGCUGAAAAUGAAGAAAGUGCGCCGAAGGAUAAGUAUGCGCAGAUGGUCGAUGAGACGACAGAGGAGGAAGCUGCAGCGGCGGCAAAAUCGAAGGACGAUGAGAAAAAUGCCGAAGAAGUUUAUUAUCAUGGAGAUCCGGUGCCGGAAGUUGAUGAGAAUGAGUUAUUCGAGAUCGCUGCCGGAAUCAAGCCAGCAAAGAAAAAGGAAAAGAAAAAUUUGGUGCAGAUUCCUGAGGAGGAGCGAGUUACAUCGAAUGAUGAGCUCGAGCUUGAUUUCUAUAAUGCGAAUAUUCACAUUAAAAGUGCUGAAAAAGAUAUUUGGAUGAUUGAGCCAUUCUCGCAAGAUGGUCUCGCGUUGAUGUGGGGAGGUGUACGAUCAAAUUUCGGCAUCAAAAUUCCAUUUGUAAAGAAGGAAGGCGAAACGAUGGCGAGAAUCGGAUUCCAAAUUCAAAUCGAAUUAUUCCAAUCGAUUCAACAUCUUCCAACGGAAUUCAUCUCUGAGACUGGUGAUGUUCGCGUUGGAUUUUCAUUAGCGACAGCUCCGCUUGUGCUUGGAGAAUAUUCGGGAACGUGGUGUGUUUCGGCUUCCGGCAAAAAGGCCACCAACAAUCAUUUUUAUGAUUUUGGAAGCAAAUUUGAUAUCGGUGACAUUGUCACAUGCAUUUUGGAUCUUGAAAAGAAGAGCAUCUCUUAUCUGAAGAACAAUGAGCCGAUGGGAACUGCUUAUGAGAAUAUUGUGCUUCGUGAUGACGAUGUGAUCUAUCCGACGAUUUGCGUUAAAAAUACUAAUGUCAACGUGAACAUGGGAUUGUCGACCGAUGAGAAAUGGAAUGUGCCGAAAGAACGAGAUUGGAUGAUGAUCAGUGAGAUUGAUAAAGAGCAUUUGGUUCAGAGUCGAGGGGCUCCGGCGUCCAAAGCGGAUUGCACUGUUCUAAUGACGGUCGGUUUGCCGGGUGUUGGAAAAACGACAUGGGUCAGACGGUAUCUCGCCGAGCACCCGCACGAGAAUUGGACUGUUAUCAACGCCGAUAUGGUGAUGGACGCGAUGCGUGUCAACGGUGUGCCGCGAAAUCGCCUGCCGUCGCUGAAACGACCCGACUUUUUGCGGGGAAUCAUUGGAAAAUCAAUGGCGCGAUUGGUCAAUUUGGCGCCGAGACGACGGAAAAACUAUAUGUUGGACAUGACGAACUGUAUUCAUGACAAGAGGAAACGAAAACUGAUGGCGUUCGAGGAGUUCAACCGCAAAUGCAUGAUUUUUGUGCCCGACGAGGAUUGCCAUCUGAAGAGGCUCAUUCAGCAGGAGCAUGAGGAGAAUGAGAAGCUUGACACGGAUGCGCUGAUGACGCAUAAGGCGUCGAUGUCGAUUCCGACAUUGGAGAAUGAUCCUUGCGAAGAAGUGAUCUUCAUUGAUCCAGCUCCGCCUUUUGAGCAUUUGGCGUUUGAGCGGGUCCAAAAAAUGAAUAUGGAUUGUCGAUCUUGGCUUGUGACGAAUGGAAAUAGACGUCGCGGAGGCGGUGGUGGAAUGCACCAAAAUAAUUUGUCGGUUUCGACGAAUUACAAUCCGACAAACAACUAUAAUCAGAAUAGUUCGAAUUUGAGCGGCUCAAAUGCGGCGCCGCUGUCGAAUACGACGCAUGCCGCAAUCAAUGACAACUCGAACAAUCGACCGAUGAAUAUUACGCACACCACGUUCCCAUCGACAUUUAGCAAUGUUCAAUUGACGGUGACUGAAGAGCGAACGAAUUCGGUCAAAGUGUCGCCGGUGUUGAAUUCGACAACGCCAGUUAGCACCACCACAACCAUUAAUUUGGUUAAACGGAAUGAUAUGCCACCACCAUCAACUCAUCAAAUUCCUUCUGGACCUCAAACUAGAGACUUCACUAAACCCCUUGUGGUGACAAUGAACGGUCAGCGUGGAGUGGCUGGCGCAGUUUCGUCGGAAUCCGUUCAACACUCGCCUGCGAUGAACAGCCCGCUGAUUGUGAACCAAGUGCCGAAAGUGAUACUGACACCGAAUACGAGUAUCCCACCGCCGCCGAUUGUUCCGACGCGAAUCAUGCCGCCACUAACGCAGCCGCCGCCGUCGAUGACGUCCCCGGUGCCAGUGAAUCAAAUAAUGCCGCCGCCGAUUGUGCCUUUCCCGUGCGAUGUUACGGCUCCGCCGCCCAACUUUUCACUUCCACCUCCUUCGUUGCCGGGUAUGCCGCCGACGAAUCUAAUGAUGUAUCCGCAGCCGCCGUCGUCGAUACAACCGCCACCGAUAUAUAAUAUGAAUUAUCCGCCGCCUCCUCAUUAG